AUGGCGACGGUGCUGCAGCGCGCCUCCCUCAUCUCGCGCCUGCGAGCGGGCAAGGCACCCGGCCAUGGUGGCCCUCCCCAGAUCCGGGGCGGCGGUGGGGGCGCGGCGCGGAUCUGGGGCGGCGAUGCGGAGCCCCCCUCGAUGCUGGCCGCGGCGAGGCGGAGCUGCCGCGCGGCCUCGGUCGUCCCCUUUGAGUGGUGGGCUGAUUUGAGCAUCAUUGGAUAUCCUCUUAUGGCAUCUGAUAUGAGAGCACCUAGCAGUGGCAAAAAGAGUGAGAUAUCCCAUGGCGUGGAGAAGUGUGGGGUUUCUGAUCAAGCUUGUCAUGGCAAAUGCCAAAGCUGUGGCAUUGAUGUAAAACCUUUUUGUGCUGGAGUGGAUGGAGUCUCCUCGUUGACUUGUGGUCAUACUGAUGUGAAGGCCUCAAAAGAGAACUGCGGAGCAUGCAGUCUGAACAAUGAUCGUGCUGAUUCUUUAGAAGAAGAGGUAAAGGGUUCCAUAGUGAGGAUAGGUCAUGUUGAGAGUGCUGAUCCUGAUGGCUGUGUGGAUGUAAAAAAGGAAAGUUUCAUGGCUGUUGAUGAUCUACCACAGGAGUUUGAGGGGGAGCAAGCUGGGGCAACACUGGAGGAUCUGUUUUUCUUUAAUGGUGAAGAGGAAGAUGACAGUGAUUGGGAACCUGCUAGUCGCCUUGUUGAGAAUAGAUGGUUUUGCUUCAACUGCACAAUGCCAAUUGUGGACGAGAUUACACAUUGCAUGAAUUGCCGUGAGCUUAAGGGAUCUGUGGUAGAUGGAUAUGAUGUUUUCAAAAAGCAAAUUGCACAGACAGCUUUGUUAUCUGCUGACACAGAGUUGCUGCCAGUGUCUACAGCGAUUGGUUUUGAUGAAAGAAUGCUGCUCCACAGUGAGCUAGAAGUUAAACCAAAUCCGCAUCCAGAAAGACCGGAUCGCCUUCGCGCCAUUGCUGCAAGUCUUGCUGCUGCAGGGAUCUUUCCCUCAAAAUGUGCUUUGGUACCUCCUCGAGAAAUCACGAAGGAGGAACUCCUUAUGAUUCAUAGUCCAGACCACAUUGAAAGCGUCGAGCAGACGAAGAACAUGCUUUACAGUUACUUCACUUCGGAUACUUAUGCAAAUGGACAUUCAGCAUGUGCUGCCAAACUUGCAGCUGGAUUAUGUGCUGAUCUUGCUAGUUUGAUGGUAUCUGGGCGUGUUCGUAAUGGCUUUGCGCUGGUAAGACCUCCUGGGCAUCAUGCAGGGGUGAAGCAAGCAAUGGGUUUUUGUCUUCACAACAAUGCAGCAGUGGCUGCGUUAGCUGCAAAAAGAGCAGGUGCCAAGAAAGUCCUCAUAGUUGACUGGGAUGUGCACCAUGGAAAUGGCACACAAGAGAUAUUCGAAGGGGACAAAACAGUCUUGUACAUAUCAUUACAUCGUCAUGAGGAUGGAAACUUUUACCCUGGAACUGGAGCAGCUCAUGAGGUGGGAGUUCUGGAUGGUCAAGGAUUCUCAGUUAAUAUACCUUGGAGCCGUGGUGGUGUUGGAGACAAUGACUACAUCUUUGCUUUUCAGACUGUGGUGCUUCCAAUAGCUGCAGAGUUUGCCGCAGACAUCACUAUAAUAUCUGCUGGAUUCGAUGCAGCUAGAGGUGACCCUCUGGGUGGUUGUGAUGUCACUCCAGCUGGAUACUCUUGGAUGACAUCCCUGCUAGCUGAUUGCUCAAAUGGAAGAUUGUUGGUGAUACUUGAGGGAGGAUACAAUCUCCGGUCGAUAUCCUCAUCAGCUACUGAAGUUGUUAAGGUCCUACUCGGGGAUGGUCCAAAUCGUGCUUCAUUUGUAGGUUCACCAUCAAGAGAGGCCUUGAAGACUGUUUCUCAAGUCCUGAAGAUUCAACAACAAUUUUGGCCAGUUUUAGGUCCAACAUAUGCAUCACUACAGGCACAGCAGGGGUCGGUUUCUUCCAAUCAUAUCACCAAACAUAAUGAGCUGAAGAAAAGGAAGCAUUCAGGCGGAUUAGGGCCCUUCUGGUGGAAGUUGGGAAGCAAAAGGCUUCUGUACGAAGCGCUUUUGGAGCGCCGUCGUCAGAGGAAAAUCAAGGGGUCCGGAGAAGGAAAAGCAACUGGUUUCAGCAGCACCUUAGAUGGGUAG